GCCCCGCCAUGGCGUUCACGCUGUACGCGCUGCUGCAGGCCGGGCUGCUGGUGGUCAAUGCCAUCGCCGUGCUGCACGAGGAGCGCUUCCUUCGCCACGUUGGCUGGGGAAGCGAUCAAGGGAUCGGAGGAUUCGGAGAGGAACCGGGAAUCAAAGCACAGCUGACGAACCUCAUUCGAUCCAUACGGACCGUGAUGAGAGUGCCACUGAUAGCCGUGAACUCCGUGACAAUUGUGCUCCUCCUGUUGUUCGGUUGAAGAUUCCUGCUGCAAAAUCUUUUGGACAUCCAAAGAAGCGAGUUGCUAGCCUCAUUGCUCUGAGUUUUCCGGGGAUACAGCACGGUUUAACUGUCAGUUUGCCGUUCAACUUAAAAUAAUAAAAGACACUGUUUGUAUUUAUCCUAUUUCCUAAUGUUCACUUUUCAGUUUCAUUAAACAAGAUAAUGGGACCCACGCAACAACGCUGCCAAUCUGUUGGGUUGUGACCAGGUCUGUUGGUGUGCGUAGCGUAUCGUGAUGGCCGUCGGUAGGAGGCAGGUUGGAAAUGUCUUGUUACUUGUUACUCAGGGAUGAUCUUCCUUCGGUUAGCAUUGAGAAUUUAGAAACAAAUUGCUUCCCAGUUUGUUUCCCAAUUAAAAAAAUAAAUUACAGUGGUUUUAAUU